AUGCCUGUCAAUGCCCAUCAGUGCCACCUACCAGUGCCUCCUUAUCAGUGCCCAUCAGUGCCACCUAUCAGUGUCCAUCAGUGCAGCCUAUCAGUUCCCAUCAGUGCAGCCUCAUUAGUGCACAUCAGUGAAAGCGAAAAAUCACUUAUUUACAAAAUUUUAUAACAAAAACGAAGAAAAAACGUUUUUUGUUUUUUUUUUUAUUUCAGUGGUUUUUGGUUUAAGAAAAAAUAAAAAAACCCAGAAGUGAUUAA